CUCUGCAAGAAACAAGGUGGAGGUUGUUGCAGCAGGGCAUGGGAUAGCACAGGCCAAGAUACUGUAGCUGUUAUCCAAAGUAUGGCCCUUAACCUUGCAGCAAAGAUCUGUGCCCCUACUGUUUCAAAUGCAAUGGAGACGGUCUUGAGACCUGAAAAUGAAUGUAAACGGGAAUUCAGAUGUGAUGUUGUUAAACCAUCUUUAUCUGGUCGUCGUCAAACAAUAGCGUGUACCAGUGCUUCAUUGCUUGUUAUUCUGACCUUCAACAGCGGCAUAACUCCGUUACAAGUACGGGCUGAACCAGGUGACCAGAAGGAAGAGGAUGAAGGAGUUGUAGGUGCCAUUAAAUCAUUGUUUGAUCCUAAUGAGAAAACGAAGUCUGGAAAAGUGUUGCCAAAGGCAUACUUAAAGUCAGCCAGAGAAGUUGUGAAAACACUGCGUGAAUCACUGAAGGAGGAUCCAAAGGAUAUCGCUAAAUUUAGACGAACGGCGGAUUCUGCAAAAGAAUCAAUUCGAGACUAUUUGAGCAAUUGGAAGGGACAAGAGAAAGUGGCUGGUGAGGAGUCGUACGUUGAGCUGGAAAAAGCAAUCAGAUCUUUGGCCAGUUUCUACUCCAGGGCAGGUCCAUCUGCUCCAUUACCGGAAGAGAUUAAGAAUGAAAUAUUGAAUGAUUUAAGCACAGCUGAAGAAUUUUUGUAGUGCAGGAGCAUGUUGUAGAUAUAAGAAUGGCAUACCAUUUUGGUUGUUUACGUUUGAAGGUUUUUUUUUUGGCUCGUAUCUUGCUUUAUAUUUCAGCACGAAGAUUUUAGAAGUGAAAAACUUUUAAAAUUUGAUUUGAA